CGUCGAAAACAGGAAUCCCGUCCACGACGGCGUCCAAUACUUUGGAAUGAAGUCUGCUGCUGUUUAUUUAACAACCAGUUGGAGGCGUCAGUACCACAUCCUGUUUCCCGUGUCAAGCAGUACAAUUCAAGUCUUGACAUUGCGAAGAUGGAGGCUGUUUGGGUCUAAACCUGGGCAAUAACCGGGAGCAAAUACUGCACGUUUCUGAAACCUGUUAUGACAUCCUCACCUAAGCCAGGUGUGGGCAUGAAGUGCGAGUAGAAGCACUGCAGAUAUUGUCACCAUGUACUCGGAGUGGCGCUCACUGCAGCUGGUAGUGCAAAGCGACCAGGGCCAUCUCAGUGUUCUGCACUCCUAUCCCACCAAUGUGGGCACUGAGGUGGCCAACGCGGUGGUCAAGCCACUCUGCACGGCUGUCAGCCCUGUCGCCACGGAGAACAUCCUCAAGACCGACAAGGAGGUGAAGUGGACCAUGGAGGUGCUGUGCUAUGGCCUCACUCUUCCCCUAGAAGGCGACACUGUAAAGCUGUGCGUGGACGUGUACACAGACUGGAUGAUGGCCCUUGUGUCACCCAGAGACUCGAUGCCUACGCCUGUGGUUAAAGAGCCCAAUAUGUACGUGCAGACCAUCCUGAAACAUCUCCACAAUGUCUUUGUACCAAGGCCUGAGCAACACAGCCUGAAUCAUAUCAGGCUUUGCCAUCAGGUCCUUACUGCCGUCCAAAAACUGGCACGGGAAUCUUUUUGCAUGGUAAGGGAGACCUGGGAAGUACUACUAUUAUUCCUGCUUCGCAUCAAUGACACCUUGCUUGCUCCACCUACAGUCGGAGUGGGAGUGGCAGAGAAACUUGCAGAGAAGUUAAUGGCAGUACUGUUUGAGGUGUGGCUCCUGGCAUGUGCCCGUUGCUUUCCCACGCCACCGUACUGGAAGACAGCGAGAGAGAUGCUUGCCAACUGGAGACACCAUCCACCCGUUGUCGAGCAGUGGAGUCGGGUAGCCUGUGCCUUAACUUCCAGACUUCUGCGCUUCACCCAUGGACCUUCAUUUCCAGUUUUUAAAGUUCCUGAUGAGGACGCCAACCAAAUCCCUUUAGAGAUGGACAAUGAUUGCAUUGCACAGACGUGGUAUCGUUUUUUACACAUGCUCAGUAACCCAGUGGACCUGAGCAACCCAGCGAUUGUUAGCACCACUCCAAAGUUUCAAGAACAAUUUCUCAAUUCCAGCAGCAUCCCUCAUGAAGUGGUGCUGCAUCCCUGUCUUAAACAACUACCACAGAUUUUCUUCAGGGCCAUGAGGGGAGUUAGCUGCCUUGUGGAUGCUUUCCUUGGCAUAUCCCGUCCGAGAGCUGACAGUGCCCCGCCCACUCCUGUCAACAGAAUGAGCAUGUCUCCGCCCCCUUCCAUUGCCAAUACCACACCCCCUCAUAGCCGCAAGCAGCGUCACACAGUUGUCACCAAAACCACAAGCAAGAGUUCUACUGGCAGUGGGAGUCAACCAACAAAAGCAUCCCAACAGCAGCAGCAACAAACUUCAUCUCCAACCCUGUUGUCAAGCCCAAACCAGAGUAGUUUGGAAUCACGGCCACUCCCUGCUCCAGCGCGGCCAAAGGUCAACAGCAUCCUUAACUUAUUUGGCCAGUGGCUGUUUGAUGCUGCGUUGGUCCACUGUAAGCUCCACAGUGGCCUCAGUCGAGAUCCCAGCAUGACUGCCUCUUUUAUCCAAAUUCUCCUUUCUUAUAAAUCUUCAAUAGCAACCCAAGUAGGCCUGGAGCUGAGAAGGAAAGGUUCCCAAAUGUCCACCGACUCAAUGGUGUCCAACCCUAUGUUCGAUGCAAAUGAGUUCCCAGAAAGCUAUGAAGCAGGCCGAGCUGAAGCUUGCGGGACUCUGUGCCGAAUCUUCUGUAGCAAGAAAACUGGUGAAGAAAUUCUACCCGUUUACCUCUCCAGGUUCUACAUGGUGCUGAUUCAAGGUCUCCAGAUCUCUGAUUUCAUCUGUAGACCGGUCUUGGCCUCCAUCAUUCUUAACUCUUCCUCUCUCUUCUGCACUGACCUGAAGGGCAUCAAUGUGGUUGUACCAUACUUCAUAGCAGCUUUGGAGACUAUUGUCCCAGACAGGGAGCUGUCUAAAUUCAAGAUUUAUGUAAAUCCCACUGAUCUGAGAAGAGCCUCCAUAAACAUUCUACUGGCCAUGCUGCCUUUGCCACAUCACUUUGGAAACAUCAAGUCAGAGGUUUUGUUAGAGGGCAAGUUUAACGAGGAGGAUGGAUUGCCUCACGACCAGCCUGUGUCUUUUUUGUCCCUGAGGCUGCGUCUCGUCAAUAUUUUGAUUGGAGCUCUGCAGACUGAAACUGAUCCUGCAAACACACAGCUCAUCUUGGGUGCAAUGCUAAAUAUUGUUCAAGACUCUGCGCUCUUGGAGUCCAUCGGUGCUCAGACUGAAACGGGUAGCAUAGAUAGCAGCCAUGUGACCAUGAGAAGCCAGAGUCACAGCAGAAACAACAGUGGCAUUAGCUUCAACAGUGGAGGCAGCACAGAGGCUACCAGUCCAGAUUGUGAGCGUCCUGCCCAAGCCCUGCUCCGAGACUAUGCUCUUCCAGAUACAGCGGCAGGCCUAUUGGUGCGUAGCAUCCACCUGGUCACUCAGAGGCUCAAUUCCCAGUGGAGGCAAGACAUGAGCAUUUCACUAGCUGCCCUGGAACUUCUGGCUGGCCUUGCCAAGGUCAAGGUGGGAGUUGACUCUGCGGACCGGAAACGGGCCGUCAGCUCGAUAUGUGGCUACAUUGUGUACCAGUGUAGCCGUCCAGCGCCUCUUCAGUCCAGAGACCUUCACUCCAUGAUUGUAGCUGCCUUCCAAUUUCUUUGUGUGUGGCUUACUGAACAUCCUGACAUGCUGGAUGAAAAGGAUUGUUUAGUUGAAGUCUUGGAGAUCGUAGAGUUGGGAAUCUCCGGCAGCAAGUCACGACAGGAACAGGAAGUGCGACACAAAGGGGAGAAGGAGCAUAACCCCGCUUCAAUGAGAGUGAAAGAUGCAGCUGAGGCCACUCUAUCAUGUAUCAUGCAGGUUUUGGGAGCUUUCCCCUCCCCAAGUGGGCCCGCCUCCACUUGUAGUCUGCUCAACGAAGACACCUUGAUUCGUUACGCCAGACUCAGCGCCACCGGGGCCAGUAACUUCCGUUACUUUGUGUUGGACAAUUCUGUCAUUCUUGCCAUGCUGGAGCAACCUCUUGGCAAUGAGCAAAACCCCAGUCCUUCAGUGACAGUUCUGAUCAGAGGGACUGCCGGCAGACAUGCCUGGACCAUGCAGCUCUUCCACCAACCUCGAGGGGCUCGGGCCAAUCAAAAGCAGGUAUUUGUUCCUGAGGGCCGUCCAACACCAAACAAUGAUGUGGGGAUCAAAUAUAAUGUCAAGCAAAGGCCGUUCCCUGAAGAAGUGGAUAAAAUCCCCCUGGUCAAAGCAGAUGUUAGCAUUCCUGACCUCGACGACAUUGUUAGCAAAGAGUUGGAAGUUCAACAUGACAAGCUUCGCAUUCUGAUGACCAAGCAGAUAGAUUAUGAAAGCACGUUGGAGCGGCAAAGUGAUGACAUCUGGAAGUCGAAGCCUUUCCCUGACCCACAGAUAGACUGCAAACCUCCUCCACCUUCUCAAGAGUUCCAGACAGCUCGUCUCUUCCUCUCCCACUUUGGCUUUCUUUCUCUGGAGGCCCUCAAGGAGCCCAACAACAGUCGUCUACCUCCUCAUCUCAUUGGCUUGGAGUCAUCCUUGCCAGGAUUCUUUGAGGACAUCAACUACCUUGAUCUGCUCCCCUGCCGCCCAUUUGAUACCGUCUUUGUUUUCUACAUGAGGGCUGGACAGAAAAGCAGCCACGAGAUUCUGAGGAAUGUAGAGUCAUCUGCCAGCGUUCAGCCGCACUUCUUGGAGUUCCUUCUGUCUUUAGGCUGGCCUGUGGACGUAGGAAGCCACCCUGGGUGGACAGGACACCUGGACACUAGCUGGUCCCUCAACUCGUGCUCUGAAAAUGAUGUACAACAGACUGAUGAAUCAGUUACUACCCCUGAAGACACAGGGGGUGCAGUAUUCAAUGGCGAGAAGAAAGUUUUGUACUACGCUGAUGCACUGACUGAAAUUGCCUUUGUUGUUCCGUCGCUAACUGAACAUUCUGAGGAGUCAUCAGUCCAUAGUGACUCUACACUGGAGGCUGAUACCAAUAUGGACCUCAUGCCCAGCAUACUUAAACAGCCCAAUCUCACUCUGGAGCUGUUUCCUAAUCACUCUGACAACCUGGAGUCCGCUAAAAAGCUGAGUCCUUUGGUGAAGACCAAGCGGUCUUCAAGUGGAAAAUCUUUUCCACCACUGGGCCCGGAGACAAAAGUAUUUGUUGUCUGGGUGGAGUGCUUCGAUGAUAUUGAAAACUUCCCACUGUCUGAUCUCCUUGGAGAAACCAGCACAGGUUUAGAAGCAAGUAUGAGCAACAGCACCUCUUGCAGAUCGGGAUUACUUGAGAAGGAUGUUCCUCUGAUAUUCAUCCACCCUCUGAAGACGGGCCUCUUUCGAAUCCGACUGCAUGGAGCUGUGGGCAAGUUUAGCAUGGUGAUCCCGCUGGUGGAUGGCAUGGUAGUCAGCCGUAGGGCGUUAGGCUUCCUGGUGCGGCAAACCAUUAUCAAUGUGUGCCGACGGAAACGCCUAGAAAGUGACUCAUACAACCCGCCACAUGUGAGGCGGAAGCAGAGAAUCACAGAGAUUGUGCAGCGUUACCGCAACAAGCAACUGGAGCCCGAAUUUUACACAUCCCUCUUCCACGAGGUCGGGGAGGGAAAGCCUCAUCUCUAACACAGCUCUCUCACUGUUUUGUCUUAACACUGGCUCACAAGUGCACACAACACAAACAUGCUAAACAUUCAUAUGGCAUUGAAAACACAGAUUCUUUAUAUUUAUACUGUUCAACUUUGUUAUUUAUACGAAUUCAUAUAUCAAUACUGUCUGACUUUGACUCUGAGAGUAAAGUGGGUGGAAAAAGGCUUCGUUUGGAGGUCACAACUCAUUAAUCAUCCAAACGGUCGUGACUGUGUCGCUUAUUCAUUAGCUGUCUACAAGAGAACACAAACUGCGACAUUAUGGUCUUUGAGCCAGAAUAACUGACAAUGUACCCAAAGCGGAAGUUACCAUUUCAGUGUCGAUAAUGAAAAUGGUAGUUUGUGAAGGCAAAGGACACGCAGUUUUGUUUGCGUGCAGUCUCGGUGGGCGUUCAACAGUAUGUGAAAUUCAUACUAGAGGUGGGAAUCACAGUUACAUACUAUAACAGUGGGGACUUGAGAUACAUUUUUACCACCGUACGGGGUUCCGCAAUCACGCUUAUAAUUCAAAAUACUCGUUUCCUAAAUAUUUUUUUUCCACAAAAAUGCUGUGUUGCAUUUCCAUUUAAAUCAACGUCCAAUUCAUUUUGACUGGAAGGCUUCGCAUUGAUCAUUGCUGUCUUAGCUGCAAUGCCCUUUACUUUUACAGACGACCUUCUGCGUUCCUAAUGCUAGUGUUCACAAACGUCCAUAUAAUCCUGACACUUUUUAAUUAUUUCCAUUUUCUGGCUCAAAAAUAAAAACUCUCCCUCCAAAAACAUUUUCAACUAAAAUAAUCAUGGUUUGCGCUUUUGCUUCAAAAAUCAUUUGUAUCAUUUGUUCUCGUCCUAAACUGCAAUACAAAGCGCUUCUGUCAGCCUUUUUAAGAUCGUAAAAAUGGUCUUUGCGAUUGCAACAAGCUGAGUUUCUUGUCGCUCACUCGCACUAGUGUCCGAGCACACAUUUCCACAGACAGGUGGUGGAAUCGUCGCCAAGGUGGAAACAUGAAAUGUUUACGAAUCUACUGACACAUCGUUUCACGGACAUGCUGACGCCUGCUAAAGUCUUCCUCAUGCACACUGAUGGCCGCGGCAUCAGCUCACGAGCACACUUUGGUUUUUAAUUGCAGCGCGUGGUAAAUUGUAUGGAGAUGUUUUAUACCUCCCUAAACUGUCCAGUCUCACAAGCCACUACUGUGUGUGCGCUUCUUUUUGUGUGUAUGCUUGUCCAGCCAGUCAAACAGACUUAAACCCUCUACCCAAACACACCACCCAAGACAUUUAAAGAGUCACUUUAAUUGAUGAAAUGAUUACAAUCCUGCUUGAAAUUUGUCCUUGCUAAGAAUUCAGUUCACUGAAAAUAUUUUAAGUAUUUUUUUUAAAGGAAUAUUUGGAUAAUAGAACUAGGAGAGUGAAGUCACAAUGCAACGGAAGAAGAUUAGGGCCACUGAAGGAAAAAAAUAGUUUGCCAAGAUUAUGAAUUUUGAAGUCGGAUAUGUGACUUUAAAGUGAGAAUUCUGACUUUUCUCCGAAUUCUCACUUUAAAGCCUUCAAAUUCUGAUUUUAAAGUGAGAAUCCUGACUUUAAAGAAUUUUGAGAAUUUGAAGAAUUCAUAGUCAGAAUUCCGAUCUUAUUUUCAGAAUCAACCGUUUGUAUUUCCUUCUUCAUUGGCCCUAAUCCUCUUUCGUACAAUUCAAAGUCACAUUUAUAGAGAACAACUAUUUGGCCAGUUAAUUCCUAAUAGGGACAAAAAAGUCAAAUUGUACAAUAAUUUUGUGAUAUAUUACAAAGUAACGCCUGUGUCAAAUUGUGGUAUUUUUAGGAACUUGUCAACUUUUCACAAGCAAUGAAAUACUGUGUGUUUUUAGCAAUGACACAAACAUGAUAUACCCAAAGAAUAUAUGGAAGGUUUCCACCAAGGAUUUUUUUUUUCUUAAAUUACUUAAUUUAAAAAAAAAAAAGUACACUUCUGAGAUAUGACUUACUACCCUUUAAGUAUUUGAUUGUUUCUUUAAAGUAUUUGAUUCUGCUUCCUAAAUACAACCACAGCAAGUGUCUACUUUAAAAAAUGUCUUCGGCAAUGUUUUCAUAAGCUUAUAGCCUCACAGCAUUAUUCAUAGCAAACAUGCAAAACUUCAGACUGCAUUGAUCUGUGUUUUUACAUCCUCAUCCUGGGAGAGUAUUUAAUAUGACUGCUUUAUAUUGUGUUACACUAAAAUGUGAUUUUUCCAUCCUUUACACACAACUCCCACGAUGCUUUUGUUCAGUCACUGUAAUUUUGGUUCAAGGCCACUUCCACUGUCUUGCCUGUAACAACGUGAACUUAUUUAUCACACACGUGGAACACGGCGAGUCUAUUUUUUUUCUAUUAGGAAAGUCUUAAUGCACUGAACAUUUUUAUUUUUAACCCUUUGGGUUACCUGAACAUUUCUAAUUUUUUUGUACAGUCUUUGUGGUGUGGGUGUGCAUUUGUAAAGAAACCCCUGCUGAAGAAAGAGGCUAAUCAUGUGAAAAUGUAAAAACAAAAAGUGGCUCCAUGGACUUUUUAACUUAUCGCCCAAUUUUGUGUGACUCACUUUUUUCUACAGUGCUUUAUGCACAUGCCUUUUAUUGGAAGGAGAAAAGAAAUCCUUUUAAAUCUGCUUGGAGGAAAGCCCACAUACAUUCAAGACGUCCCAACUUUUGUCCUGUUUUUAUUUCCGUUUAAUCAUAUUUAAGGACUUUGCCAUGUACAGUCAUGAUGAAGGAUGAAUUGUAAAUAUAAUACAGAACAAGGCAUUUAUGAGUUGUCUGAUGCACUCCUCACUAAAGAUGGGGAGACAGGUUGUGUAAGUUUUGUGUGGGAGGAGUGCUGAAUGUAACAUACAUCCAUUAAAGCUACUAUUGAUAUUUUCAUUGCCAUUACUUUUUUAUGCAUCUUGAAAUAAAUAAAUUACAAAAUUGAACUUUCAAUUUUACCUUAAGUUCCUUUAAUUAAUCUUUUAAGUUAUAACCAUCAAAUUAUUUGAUUGAGUUGUUCAUCAGUCGGCAUCCUACGAACUAUUGCUAACGCAGUGAAAUACAGUCAUAAUUGAAGAGUAGGAUGUGUUCUGCCAGUUUUUACCUUAUAGCAAGAUGAUGACAGUAAUGCCUUUAACUGAUCAGGGGUCGGCAACCCGCAGCUUUAGAACACUGCACGGCGAGGUUUUAUGUUUAAAAAAUGAAUUAUUUGGUUUUCUGGUGCUUGUGACUUUCCUCUAGUAGGCAAAUCAAGUCAGGCUUACUGUUUUGUGUGUUUAUUAACAAAACACACACAUGCGAUGACUUCAUUAACUACGUAUAGUUAUGGUUGCUACACAGAAGAUUUUAUAUAGUUAAUCUACGCAGAUCAUUGAUUCACCAACUAUGUAAAGGUACGGUUGCAAUGUGGUUGUACCCACAAGACUGCGGCAUAUGCAUACAUAUAUUAAGAAACAGGGUCAAAAUGGGCCUUUGAGUGUUAAAGGUUGCGGACCCGUGCAUUUGUUCAUGCAUAGUAAAUUGUGUCACUUGGGAAAAUAAACUGGGGUAAAUUGUGCCAUCAAUGAAAUAAAACGGAUCAUCUUGGAAAUGGUAGCCUCUGGCACUAAGUGAGCACGUUAAGAAAAUAAAUUCAAAUGUCAACCUUUAAAACCAGUUUACAAAUUAAAUUACAUCGCAAUCAAGAACAAAUAACAUUUGAAACGAACACCCAAUUGACUUUAUACUUCAUUAAAAUCCCAUCAGCCAAUGCUGAAGAAUAAUGCAACCCCUAGCAAAAAGUAUGGAAUCACCAGUCUCGGACGAGCACUCUCAGACAUUUUAUCAUGUAGAACAAACUCCGAUAAAAAGCUUGAAAAAAUAAUGAAUUAGUUCAGAAGUGCAACACUUUAGCAUUCAGAACCACUAAACGAAAUUAAUUAAA